AUGGCCGACCGAGUCAAAGAAGAAUUAUUCGAAGAUGAGGAAAACAUUUGGGAGUUCAUUUAUUUGUGAGUUUUUUGAGGCGACAAUUUGAAAACUAACAUAAAAUGUGAUUUCUUGCAGAAAAAUUGUUGAAGAAGCCAAGUUUACUGAAGUAACCGAUCGAGUUUGGGGAGAGUAUCUUAGAGAAAAUGGAAAGAUUUAUUGGGAUGUUUCGGAUAUACGAGAACAGUUAGUUUUGUCUUACUUGAAUUCUCGAAAUGAAAACAUUUCUUUGUUUUAGCUAUGAAACAGAAAUGGUGAAAACUCUUCAUAAAUCUUUCAUGGAAGAUCACAAAAUUCUAGCGCUUUUCAAAGCGUUGAAAAUACCUUUUCCGGAAGACGUGGAGAAAUUUUUUGAAAGAAGAGUUAGUGUGAAGUUGAAAGUCCGACAUGAGAUUCUGAUCGAUUAUCGCCUUCCAAGCACAUAUGUGAUUCAAGAAACAAAGAAGAAAUCUACAACAAUUGUUCCAGAAAUUGAUCAAUAUUACGAAAUUUCAAAGGAAUUGGAAGAUAAAAUGUGGAAACAUGUUGAUGAGUGCGUUUUUAUUCCACAUAUUCUUUUCAAUAAUCAAAUCUUCCAGAAAUCUUGGAAAAAUCAAAAACUGCAAUUUCGCAACAGUGUCUUUCUGGAUGAAAUUAGCUGAUGAACUGCAAAUUCGAACAUUCAUUGGCUACGAUAUGGCGAAACAUUUUAUUGUUCUUCUUCGAAGUUGCUGGUCGCGAAAUAUGAAUUUGAAAUUGAAAAUGGGACUUUUGACUGAUCUGAAGUUUCGAAUGUCAGAAACUAUAAGACAAUCAAUGUUAUCAAUGUAUAAUGUGGAGAUUGUUUUGGAUGAUAAUGGAUUUAUUGAAAAAUGGAAAUUGAUUCGAGAAAAUGAGCCAGCAACACAAGAUUCGCCAAGUAAAAGAAUAACUCAGAAUUUGCCUCCAUCAAAAACAAGAAUAAAAAUUGGAAGAUGGCAUUAUCCAGUGGGAACUCUAAGUUUUUACGAUCAUGAAUCAGACGAAAAUGAUCAACCUGAUUUAAAUUCUGAACACGCCACAAGUUCUGAAACAUCUCCCGCUACAAAAGAGAAAACACCUUCAUUGUUAGAUGAUAAUGAUUCCGAAAGUGAAGAAGAGGAUAAAGAUGAAACUUAUAAGGUUCAAGCAAAAAUGACAGGAAGAUCAGCAUUCCUCCCCUAUGAUCGUUUAGAAAUGGCUAAAUUUUUAUAUGACGAGAUAUUUCAUGGUGAAGACGAUGAAAUCAAGGAAAUUCAGCCGAAAGGACUUACUAUAUGGAAAAAAUAUAUCACAAAAUAUAAGAGCAGCAGAACGGCUGCUAAUUUAUCGUCAAAGUUAGUUUUUUUUUUGGAAAAAAAGGUUUUGAAACCCCGAAAAUUUUUUGCAGUUAUCGAAAGAGUUUUCAAAGCAUCCUUCAUACUGUUGAAUUGCCACGUGAGAAAAUACUCAAAUUAUACAAACAUCUAAAAAUUGAAGUUGAUCAUUCAACUAAAGAAAUGUAAGUGUUUAUUAAUUUUCGAAAUCAAUUGAAAACCUGUUUUUUUUUUGCAGUCUCCAAAAGAAAUUCAAAGCAAAUGUGGAAUAUGUCGGAAACUUUGUUUUUUCCUGGACAUUUGUCGAAAAAUCCAACGAAACUCCAUGUCUGAGUCCACCCAAAAAACGAACUCGUCAACAAACUCCAGACUCUUCACCAGAAUUUGAUCCAAAAUCAGAACAAGGAACUAGUCGAGGUGCAACAAGAGAUUUGAGAAGUUCUAUGCGUACAAACUCAUCGGCUGAAAAUGGAAGAAAUAGGGAAAAUCGAAGAGAAAAUGAGAAAGAUGAGGAAAAUGAAAAAGUUGAAAAUGAAGAUGAAGAAGAAAGAGAAAUGGAGCAAAAUGUAAGUUUUUUUUUCAAAUUCUGUUUCACUAAAAUUAUAUUUUUUGUUUCAGUCUAACAGUUCUGAUGAUUGGGACAAUACAAAAUGGAUUCAAGAAUACGGCGUAUCGAACAGAAGCAUUCCAUUAUCUGGUUAUUUAAGAAAUAUGAAGGAAGAAAAUGAGGAAAUUGGAAUGGCGGAAGCAGAAGAAAUUGAUAGAUUAGCUCAAGAAAAACUAGAUGAAUUGAAUGAAACGGCCAAACAAAUUCUGAGUGAAGAUAUACAAUUGCAAGUUCCGGAUAAUGUUCAAAAAGAUUACGAAAAACAGCUCGAAGAGAUUCUGGAACUUUGUAAGAAAUAUGCCAAAGAUGAGGAGAAGUUUUUGGAAAUGGUUCAACAUUUCAAAUCUGAAUUCAAAAAACGCAUCGAAUUUUUGUGCUCUUGAAGAUUUACAGGUAUUUAUUGUAAAUUAUCAUUAUUUUAAAUGGUCUCAAUUUUUUAAAGCAUUUUGUGUAAAUAAUGGUUUUUUCUCAAACAAAAUGAAUAAUAUUAUUUUCAAAAUUUCCUUUUUGAGACAUCAAUUACACCCUUAUCUAUUUUCAUUAUUAUUAAACUUACUAAACAUGCUAACCUUGUGAAAAGACAAAAAAGAACAUUUGCAAGAUGAUAGAUUUUUAUCAUCAUCUUUUCAGUUGUUUCAAUUCAAAAGUUCAUUCAAGACAUCUAGAAAACUGACAGACAACUUUUGAAAAUUAAUUUUUUUCUCUGAAAAACGUGAAUACAAAGGCCACGUCAUUUGAUUGAUUCAUUUUUUCAUUGUUUUCUGUUUCUCCAAUAAAAUUCUCUUAAAAUUUCUAGAAUGGCUGAAUCUUCAACAACAUCAAAGGAGGAAAUGUGAGUUUUUUUGUGAAUGAUCAGCUACAGUACUCGACGCAUAAAACGAUAACAAAAAAUUAAUUGAACUUUUGGCUGAUUAGAUAAUAACGUGUAAUACAAGACACCCAAGAGAGUACACGAGACACACGUAAUUUUGCCGCACGUUUGGAAAAACUUGGGUUCACUGUUUCAAAAAUCUUUCUAAGGUUUUUGAUUUGUUUCAAAUUUCACCAGAAUAUUUUCAAAUCUAAAAUUUAAAUUUCCACCAAAAAUGGGAACGAAGAACAAAAUAUUUUCCAAAUGGCCAGUUUUCUGAUACAUUUUGUAGUUGAUUAUGAUUGUUUUAUUGUUCUUUUUUAUUUUCUUUAUUUAAUUAUUAUCAGAGAACAUUUCGACCUUUUAUUGCUUUUACAUUAGGAAAAAAAAAUGUGACUAGGUUGGUUUUAUGGCAAAAUAUGAUGUAGAAGUAACAAAAAAUGGUGGAAAAUUUAAUGGAUUCUUCUGGUUUUACAAAAUUUUCAGUUUUCAGAAUGAAAAUGAUAAUCCUUUUGUGGUAAUUCCGAAAAAUCAGCUUGAGAUCUGCAUGAAAAUGCAUGAAAGUAAUUUUUGGAACAUUUUGAAUCGCUUCGAAAAGUAGAUGAUAAAAUGAGAUCUUAUCUCAUUAAAAUUACCCUAAAAGAGUCUUAACGUAUCUUAAGUAUCUCAAAAAAGAUAAGAAUAACAAUUAAUUCAACCUGAUACAAAAAUAACUUUAUCACCCAUUUUCUUCUCGGAUAUUUGUCCAACAUAUCAUAACUGCAUUAAACCUUAUCACUUGUUCUCUCGUUUUUUCACUGACAAAUAAAUGGGAGGAGUUUUGGUGAUCGAAAAUGGCCUGAUCUAUCAUACAAAAAAUAAUGAUGGAAGUUCUAUGGACCGCCUUUUCUUUUAUCUGAUUCUAACUGACGAAUACCAUUUUUAGUCUGAUCUUACAAGUUUUGACGUUCGUGAUUGAAUGAGCACUUUUAUCUGUUAUUUUUUUUUGAAUUUGUUCUCAAAAUGAAAACAUUGUGAUUGAAUUUGAUUGAACCAAUAAAAAACCACGUGAAUCAAAAGACUAAACAAUCAUUCCAUUUCAUUUCAACGUUUUUUUUUCUUGGUCUCGUGAUUUCUCCCAAAAAAAAAACUUUUAUAAGUUAGAAAUUUUUUUUCAAAGAUAUUUAUGAUAAGUAAAAUAAGUUCUGUGAAAAAGUGACCUUGUACUUUUUGGAUGAUCUCAUCUAAAAAAAAAAGAUAAGGAUAAUAAUAAAAUUUCUGCCCCUAAUUAUUCUCAAGAGACCUUAAAAAUUUAUGACCCCAGAAUGUCCCUUCAUAAAAAACAAUCAAAACAAAUCAAAUCAUGAUUGAUUUUUUUUGUCAGCCACCCAAAAAAAAAAACAGUGUGUAAAUAUUGUUUUCUGAUGUAAUAUACUGGCUCUUUUUGGCCAGCCUAGUCAAAUAUAAAAGACGAUUGCGAAUUAUUUUUCACAUCAUUUUUCCGGGAGAUUACAAAUUAUUUUCAUUUUUAAACCUUGUAAGUCUGCCCUCAAAACACAUAAAAUAUACCCUUCAAAAAAUACGUUUCACAAAAAUAUUUUUAAAAUUUCGAACCCCGAAAGUUUAAUCCAUUUGAUUGAAAAUAAAUAAAAGAGAUAAAAUCGUCCAAAAGAUCUUUUUUUUGAAUUUUUUUGACCUACCUUAUUUUCUUGAUCAUUUUUCACAUCUCUAAUUGAUUUUUCAAAUAUUUUAAAAGAUUUUUCUGGUUUUGUAACAGGUCCACCAAUAAUUUGUUUUUUUUUUCAGCACAUCAAAAAUGAGUGUCGAUGUUCGUCGUGAUAACUUCAAAAACUUCUGGGACAAAUACUCAAGCAAACCCGACACCAACACAAUGAUGUUGAAUAGUUCGGCCGAAGAUCUUGAAUCAAGCGAUCGUGCUGACAUUCUAUCAAGCUUGCCAGUUUUGACAAAUAAAGAUGUGGUUGAUAUUGGAGCCGGUAUCGGAAGAUUUACAACUGUUUUGGCUGAAACUGCGAGAUGGGUUUUGUCGACAGAUUUCAUUGAAUCAUUCAUCAAGAAGAAUCAGGAAAGAAAUGCUCAUUUGGGAAAUAUUAAUUAUCAAGUUGGAGAUGCUGUUGGACUCAAAAUGGAGAAUAGCAGGUAGAUUACUGUAAUUUUCGAUUCCCAUCGUCCUCAUAAUCAUUUUCAGUGUCGAUUUGGUGUUCACCAAUUGGCUCAUGAUGUAUUUGUCCGACGCGGAAACUGUCGAAUUCAUUUUCAACGCAAUCCGAUGGUUGAGACCGCACGGAGUUGUUCAUUUGCGUGAAAGUUGUUCGGAGCCAAGUACUGGAAGAUCUAAGGGAAAAUCGAUGCAUAAUGCGGCUGAAGCUAAUCCAACUCAUUAUCGUUUCUCAUCGUUGUAUAUUAAUGUGAGUUUCAGAUUUUCAGAGGGGGGGGGGGAUGGAAGACUUCACUGAAAUAGCAUACUCGGGACCUAAAUAUAGUUUGAAAUCUUGGAAAAUUUUCGGAAUUUUCGAGAAUAUUUUCGGAUAUGAAAUCCACCCUGGUUUUUCAUUCUAAAUUUAGCCUGAGGCUCUCUGGAAGCCUGAGGCCCUGUCUAAGCCUAAGGCCUUGCCUAACUCUAAGGCUCUACCGGAUUGUAAGACUCUGUAAAAAUCUCAAAAUCCUGCGUUGGCCUGAGGCCUUGCUUAAGCUUUUGGUAUUGUUCAAAUCUCAAGUCUUGCCUAACUCCCAUGAAAAUUGAAGUUCCAAAAAAAAUCCCUCAUUUUUUCCAGUUGCUCCGUGCCAUUCGCUACCGCGACGAAGACAACAAAUUAUGGCGUUUCAACGUUCAAUGGAGUUGCUCAGUCCCAACUUAUAUCAAAAUCUCAAACAAUUGGCGACAAGUUCAUUGGUUGGCUGAAAAAGUUGCAGCUGAAGAUGGAGCCAAAGAAACGUCAUUCAACGAACUCGUCGAAUUGCUCAGUGUAACUUGGCAAAAAGAGCAAGAAGCGUGGGAUGCAAAAUUGGAUCAUGAAAAAUACAUGUGGACCGAUUCGAUCUUCUCAACAAUUCUCAACGAAUCUGUAGUUCCACAAAAUUCCGCGAUUUUCGUCUAUACACCACGUUCUGCUUCACCAUACGUUCAUAUCAAUUCGCAUCUUUUGGCUGAAAAAUUCACAUGUAAUGUUUGGAAUGUUGAAUUGGUUCCUGAAUUCUAUCGAACAUCUUUGACAAAAGCGACAACUUUGAAAGAUCAACGAGUUCGAUAUGGAUGGAAUAACAAUUUGCAAUCAUCAAUUAAUUAUUGGCAACAAAAAGAGGCAUCUUUUGAUACACUUAUUGCAACUGAAUUAUUGUCAACUGCUAAUGAUCAUGAAUUAUCAGCACUUUCUGUAAGUUUUGACAUUUUAUUGAUCUACUUGAAUACUGUAGACAAACUCAGUGCCGCUGUUAUUUCAAAUUGCCCCCAAAUAAUUUUUAAAUAUUUUCAGUCAAUCUUGAAACCUGAAGCCAAUUUAAUCAGUUUGGAACCAGUCGAAUCUGUCGAUGAAAAUGCAAUCCGCCACCGUCUCUCUGAAAACGGUCUCAAAUUGUUGAAAAUCGAAAAUGUCACAGAAGAAGCGAUCAGCCAACAAGAACAAUAUUUCAAAGAUCACGAGCUUUCAGCUGAAAUUAUUCGCAAAAAUUGGGUUCUUAUCCACGCCACAUUGUAA